AUGGCUUUCACCACCUCUCUGCAACCACGUCUCCUAUCUUCGUUUCUGGGGGAGCGUGUGGUCCAAUCGGCGGCGAGCCCUCUCCAGCCUCUCCAUCGCUCCGGUCGUCCAAGUUUGUCUCCGACUUUUAUCUCCAUAUUCUGUUUUAUGUUGGUAUAUAACAUUGUGGGAUGACCUGCGUGGUUAUAAACAGAGAAACAUAAUUUUUUUAUAGUGAAGUUCGUAUUUCGUUCUUCCUUGGAUUGUGGUCGAGUGAUGAUGGUGCUUUGGCUAUCUGAAGUGCCAUUCAGGAUAUGCAAGAACUGUUGCAUGCUAGAUUUAUCAUAGUUCUAGUGCAAGACCUUGCGUCCUAUACAACUUUAACUCGGCUCAGUGUAUGGCAUUCGCCACUGCUGAUCAGUAUCUUAGGUGACAUUGCACCCUGGCAACUAAAACGUGAGGGAUUCCUGGUCAUACGAGAAUCAGGUCUCCUGUCCACCACCACAUUGCUGACAUUGUUAUCCAACUAGACGAUCUUUAAAUUACAGACUGCGCAUCUCAGAACGAAACACGGCAUGCUAUGGUUGGGGAGUUUUCUUUGAAUGGCUUUCUGAAUCAUGUGAUUUGAAUUUCAGUAAAAUGUGCUUCUCUGUCUCCCAAGUUUCACCAAAUGCGUGGAAUAUGUCGGUUUAUUGUCCGACAUUAAUUUCUCCUCUUUUUUUGUUUCUAAAGCUUUUAGCUUCUUGCUUUUUCUAACUUGCGAACCAUGUAUUUGACUGCUAGUGAUAUGGAUUCAUCAUAGAAAUGAGUUUCCUACAAGAAAAAAAGCACAAUGUUGUUUUCAUUGUAGGUCAAAUGACAAUAUUUAUUCUUCCAGAUAACUCCAGUAAACUAGAAGAAUGCUAUUCUACCAGUUUUGAGAAUCACUCCUAGUUUGUUUUCGAUGACGAAUUUCAGAUGUAAUGUCAAUCAUCUGUAAUUUUGUUUCUGGUAGUGUUUUUUGAUGAAAAUAUAUACUUUUAGGACAAUUCUGAAGAAGCUGAAUGAUAACUUAUGUUGCUCUUUACUGUUCAUCAUUUUUAGAUUAGAAAACGUGAGAUUUUAUUUUGUCUCAACAUAUACAGUAACCAAAAUUCUCAGUUUGCUUUUCAUAAACUGUACGCACAAGCUUUAACAUUUACCUUUUUCUUAUUUCAGGUUCUAAAGAUGGUUCUACGCGAGUACCGAGAGCAUUAUCAAACAUAGCUGACAUCUUAUUUAACAAAAGGCAAGCCAUUUGAGUUUAGAGAGUUUCCUGCUUAUUCAUCCUCGUGAAUAUACCAUGAAGCUGUUUGGCCAUGAUUUGUAUAUGUCUAUGUUAGGACAAACCCACUUUCUGUGAUAACUACACUUUUGUUGGAAAAUUACAAGUUCAUCAUAAACACAAGUAUGAUUAUCUUAAAUGGGGUUUCUGUGAACCAACUCUGAUAUGGCAUAGAAGAAUGUGUAGAAUCAGUUCCCAAGAAACCACACAUACAACUAGUAUUUCCCACUCCAGAUCCUUUGUUGCAUUUCUAUUAAUAGGUUGCAUUUUUAUUGGGUUUUGAUCCUCUGUCAGUGAUGAAAGUUCUUUUACGCAUCAACUGGCUUUUUUGAGGUCACGGGUUUCGGGAGAUAUUCCUUAGUAUUUUCCCUCGGUUUUGAUGUAGAUCAGUCAUAAAGAUAUUGGCGCAGGGUCAUCCCUGUGAACUAUCAUUGUGUACGUUAAUGCCUUGAUGCUUUCUCUUCUCUGGAACCAUCAGGUAGAUUUCUUUUCAUAAUCCUUUUUUGAAAUUAAAUAUAUCCGGAUAAAUUAAACAUUGCUAGAUAUUUAUCAUUAUGAUUCUACUUCUAUUUGUUGUGAAGAAAAAAACACAUCAGACUGUGUGAAUACAAUUAUCUCUUUCCAUUUUUGAGGGAAUCGUGAGAUUAUUGGGUGGGGGCAUGUGAGGAGCCAAUGGAUCAUUCAGACGAUGAAUAGUUAGAAAUGAUGACUGUUGGGUGCUUAUGUUGUGGUUCAAUAGGUAUUUUGUUUUCAUUCCUGUCUUGUGGUACCGCAUUUGUCACCUUUGUUCUGGCUUUUCGUUGGGCCUUUUGUAUUGUAUUCGUGUUGCACAAAUGAAAACGGAAAGAUGGAAAACGUAAAUCCGAUAUCUUGUCCUGAUAGCAGGGCACAUAUUCCUAUUGUAAUCUAUAAUGUUUUUCUAUUAUGGAGCCAGGGACCCGCAUAUGUGCAUUCGGCUGUCAACUAUGUCCAUGACUAACUGCUACUUUUUUUUCUCGCUGAUGGGAUCAGAAAUCGGCCUGGCCUACAAAGUAAUAAACGUAAACCUCUACAGCCAGGAAAAGUAUCACCUCGGCGACCUGUUCCAAGUCACGUGAUGAGGCCUCCCUAUGUAAAUACUCGGCAAUCACCUGGUAUUGCAAGCGGCCCUGAAAUCCAUGAUGCAAGAGGAGUCCAGUGCAUGAGAGCAUCUGGAAAGCUCGCUGCAGAAGUUCUGUCAUUUGCUGGAUCUUUAGUUAAGGUAAUACCUUAUGCUUUUUCUUUAGUUACUUCCUGUUUUGAAAGUUUAUUCGUUAGUAUCUCAUGCAGCAUCAAUAUUGUUGCAUUAAUUCUCUAUCUUAGUGAGCUGAUGUAAACAUGGUGAAAUUUGGUUUCUUCCUAAUUAAAAAUGACCGUCAAUUAAUCUCAUCGACAGUUUACUGAAGCGAAGUUUGCAAUUUUUUUCUUAUUAAUUGUAUCUGAUGCUUGAAGAUCUUCAUCUAUAUGAAGUUGUCUUAUCUAUGUGAAGUUCUCACCUAGGCUGAGGUUUCCCUGUUCAGGAGGUACGCGUAUUUACUGUUCAGUGAAGUUAACUGUGAGCUAAUGUAUAAAGCAAAAUUUCGAAAAUAAAAGAAGCUCAUUUGGGAUGAGAAGAUAAGCUUUAUGAAUUUACAAAGAAUCAUUUCAGGAAAAAAAUAGACACUAAAAAGAUUAGAAUGUGGGGUUUCUUUUUCUUAUAAUUAAGUCAUCUGCAUACGAGGAAACUAAAAUCAUCUAUUCAAUAACAAUAUUAACGGACUGAUUGUGAACAUGGGCCAACAUUGACCAUUAUUCUCUGACGAACUAAAUUACAUCUCUACUAAAAGACCAACAAAAGUGAGUGAAUUUUCUUGGAUCAUUGAUCCGUAGCAAUCUCUGUGAUCCAUAUCACUUGUAAACUACAGUUUUUCUUCAUAUUCUUCAUUUAAAAGGAGGUUUGGAUUAGGUCACCUAUUUGGACGUGCAGUUAUUUACACCAGAUAAACCAGAGCUUUCUUGUGUUGGGCAGCCAGGCAUAACAACUGACGAAAUUGACCAAGCAGUUCACCAGAUGAUCAUCGAUCAUGGAGCAUAUCCAUCACCUCUUGGGUAUGGUGGCUUUCCGAAGAGUGUUUGUACCUCAGUCAAUGAAUGCAUUUGCCAUGGGAUACCUGAUUCACGUCCACUUGAGGUGCCUUUGGCAACAGUAUAUGGCUUUCAUAAUUGAUUUUUAUUAUUGAAGAGAGCUUUGAAUCUAACUUUUUUCAUUGGCAGGAUGGCGAUAUAAUCAAUAUUGAUGUUACUGUCUAUUUGAAUGUAAGUGUAUUUGAAUCGUGUGCUAUGCAUGUCGACAGACGUGGACAACUGCAUUCAUGGUUACUGUAUUUCGUAUUCAUUGAAAUUUGUCCGAAAAAAACCAUAGUUAAACUUUUCUAUUGCCAAUCUUUCUCCAUAGUACAUUUUAGGUCGUUUAACCAGUUUUGUAAAUCGAAUUUGCCAGGCCUUUGUUUUUGUUGUAUAAUUCUAUAGUUUUUUGUGCUAUAAAUGUUAAUUCUUCUUCUUUGUAGAUGAUUUGGUACAGAUAUGUUUGUCUGUUUUAAAAUUCAACUUUUGUAGGGCUAUCAUGGGGACACUUCUGCCACAUUUUUUUGUGGCGAUGUUGAUGAGGAUGCCAAAAGUCUUGUUCAGGUGAAUCAUUUUUGUCACACUAUUUGUUGUGGUUAUUUUCAACUCACUACAAGCUCUGCCUUACUUCUGUGCAAUCCUUACAUUUCUCAUUGGAACUUAAAACGUUGUUUUUGCUUAUCCAUAAAUUUAAUGACGCAGAAAUAUUUGACAGCGAUGGAAUAUCUUUUCUCUUUCCUUUCCCUUUCGCACUGCCCAUAUCCUCUUUUCAAUAAAGCAGGACUACCUACCCAUACCGGAGUGUGACUAUGAGGGAAAAGAGGGCCUGCAACAUUGUAGACAUAUACAAUUUGAUUUUUCAUCCAUUUCUUUUCAUGUUGGUUGAAUGAAACAUGAAAGGAUCAUCAUUCUUUGGUCUAAGUUUCCCCUUCAUGCAUGGGAUGUUCUGUUUCCCAAAUAUCAAAGCUAUCAUCAGAGAGUCAAAAAUCAUGAGUUCCAAAUCUCUGUACCGCAUUGUUACUUGUUGAAUUGACAACUGGUGGCUUUUGAUGGUAACCUAUACAACCUGUUUAACUAACUUAGAUAAUUGACUUCAUGGUCGUGUAGUUGGGAGAGAGAAACACCAGCAGAAGUUUGAAGGAAAAUUUAAUGGCGACAUUCAAAAUUAUCUCGUUUUUUUCAUGCUAAAAGAAAAUCGCCUCCCAUCCUAUGGCAGUGAAAAGACACUACUGGGGACCUUAUUCUUCAGAGAUGUUUAUGUAUGCCCAAAGCAUCUUCGGGAACGUCAGAUCUGGUGGCAGACAUUUCUUGAUUUGGAGUUGUAAUGAAACCAACAGCAGGUGGUAGAUCUGCCCCUAGAUGAACUCCUAUACAGUUUGGAGACAUUGAGAAUCAGUGAGUAAUAUGUGGUAAAGUCGACCUAAGAAUGAUGGGGCACGUCCCGGGGACAGUUAUCCCUCUAUAUGGAUGCAGGCACUGACAGGGAUUAUGUUAGCUUGUCUAAAAGGGAGAGUAAGAGUUGUCACCUUUUGGAUAGGAUAUAAAUAAAUUUAAAAUGAGGAUGCUGGGGACUUUUUGAUACCCACUGAAUCUAUGACCUGCUCUGGAGAAGAAGACAAAGAGGAGGAGACCGUUGAGUAAGCGGUUACAAUCAAUAAUAUGAGCUUGCUGAAAGGUUCUUGAAAGGUGUGUUAGCCUUGUACAGGGGGGCGGAAUUUCUGGAAAUAUUUAUUGAGGUAGAUUAUUCAUAAGCAUAUGGGGUAAAGCUAGACUUAUUAUAUUCUUAAGAUCAUGCACGAGUUGUACGCUUUCCUUGGGUUUCCUGUAUACCUUGAGAAUUGUGAUUCACACAAUGUAUGGUUUAGGGGGUUGUAGAUUGAUUAUGCGGUCCUGAAAAAUCUAACUAUGAUUAACGUUAAAUAAUUAGUACAAUACAAAGACGUCUGUAUUUCUCAUCUACAAAAAUCUUGAUUGUGGUUUUAAUGUAAGGGCUGGAUUUCUGAGACAGCAGAUAUUGAAUAAAUUUAUGUCAAAUGGGAAUGUGGCCAUACCGUGCCUUUUUAGGAUUACAGGAGAUUACGGGAUGUGUGGAAUGUCUCAUAUGAUUGACACUGGGGUUUGAAUAAUUUUACAUAUUUAAGCUUGAGGGCCAGGUUCAACUUUUCUUGGAUUCAGAUCGUUUGAACAACAAAAAAGAGGAGAUGUGUUCUCAUUUUGUCCCUAAAGUUGAGUUGAUCACAUUGUGGGUGGUCAAUGGAUACCUCAGUCGAGUGGAUUCUUUUGACAUGUGGUGUGCUUGUGUGGAUAUGGUAUGUGCAAUUGAGUCAAAUUACCAGAGGCUUGCUGUGAUUGACAUAAUUACUCUAUGAUUCUCGUUAUGUAAUUUAGUCCCUGAUAUAUGAUAUUGAUUGCUGAUUUUGAUGAUAAAAUAUUCUAUGAAGAUUGAGAUGAGAACUGACAUGUGACUAUGAUAAUUCUGGGUAAUUUAUGGUGAUAUAAUGGUGAUUCUCAUGCAGCGCGAUGGAAAAUAUGCACAGGCUUCAAACUGAAGUAAUGAGUUUUAUUACUAUCAAAAAAGUAGUGCAGUUACAGUUUGCUCUUCUGGAUGUUAUGGCCGGUUGUCUUUUUUAUAUCUGAUUCUGUGUAUGCGACAAUUUCUAUUUAUGGGUGUUUCUGCCUCGGAGCAUUUGAAGGUUAAGGUACUACCAUUAAACAUGACUUGGAAUUCAUGUAACUUGGUCAUUUCCAGAAAGGAUUUUGAUCCUUCAACAUAAUCAUUUCAAAAUUUGUCAUGCCAGAUCUAUUCUUGACAAGUAGAAAUUCGAAAAUCUUCAGUCCAUGAUGUGUUUUUAGAUGACACCUAUAUGGUACUAUUGUAAAGAUAUUGUUUGUAAGUGCCUAUCAAUGAACUCAAUAUUGCAGGUUUCGUUUCGAUAUCAUGUAUCAAUCUACUAUAACAUGGUUUAUUACCUUGUUGGUUGGUGUGUGGUCAUGUGGGAUGUUAAGAAGUACGGUGUAUGAACAUAUAUUCUUUACACGCUAUAUUCUAUACGCGCACCAUUUGUACUCAGGUAUUCGUAGAUUAAGCUUGCUCAAGUUUAGCAUUUGGUUAUUUUGGAUACCAUCUAUAUGCCUAGUUCCUAGGUUGUUUGAUGACAUUGAGAUCUCUAUGAGCCUUUGGCUUUGGUCUGUGAAAACACGUUAUUUAUCUCAUUGAAAUAAAAGAUAAUUGUAUCUAUUUCUUCACAGGUUACACAUGACUGCUUGCAGAAGGCCAUAUCUCUAUGUGCACCCGGUGUGGAGUACAACCGAAUUGGCAAAACAAUACAGUAUGUUGUUUCUUAAUCACUAAUUUUCAGAGAGAGGUUCUUUUUGGGAGCCCAUUAACCAUAUGCUUAUAUAUUCCUCUCAUUAAUCUUUUAAUGCAUAUGCUUCUAUCCACGUUUUUGAAAACUGAAAGCCUAUUCCAUUUUAAAAGAUCCUUUAACUUUUUCAGGAUUUGGUUUUGGAGGAAGUAUUUAAAUUCAUCCUGUUGAAACAUACCAUGAGGAAUAUGAUAGGUCUGAUACAUGGAGAUAUCAUGGUGGCGGCAUAGUACUCUAUACCAUGGUUUAUAUUGUUAGCCUGACAUUUUACCUUACAAAUGCUGGGAUAGAAUCUGAGGCUUGAGGAUGGGAUGCGGGGAAAGAUGCCCAGAGUAAAGGGUCGGCGGGCUGGACAAGGUGUAAAUGGCCUUGUGUGGGCCUGAGUGGUUUCCAACCUGAAGAGAACUGGAGAAGGGAGGGAGGCCAUGGGGUGUGGAAACAGGGCUCUGUCAGACAGAUCUCACGUGGAGAAUGACACAAACAGGAUAAGGGAGAAUAGGGUAAACAAGGGGGACACGAAUGGGGCAGGCAUCAGAUGGCACUGGGGCCAUUUGCUUUCUGCUUCUGGUGUUUCCUGUGGUAGUUGCUUGGGCAUGUCUCAGCUCAGCCAGGAAUAUGCACAGUGGGUAAGGGCACAACAACUGGAGUAGGGGGAGGAUGGGUAGAGGCAAUGGCGACAGCGGGAUAAACUGAGUGCACUCCAUGCUUGCUUUUUCUCUGACAUCUCAUUUCAUCAAAUUAUUCUCUCGAAUGUCCUUCAGGUGAACUACUACAUAUAUAUAAGCAUCACCCAAUAAAGAUGUGGGGAACAAUAGAGGCAGGGUAGUGGAAAGGUGAUGUCCAUACACUGUCAGCCAUUCAACGCCAUGCAAGGGAUAUGGGUCCUGGCCUGCAUUGUCAUAUUAGCAAAAGAUACCUGUGGGUUUGCAUUACUGAUGCUUUAUCUGUAAAAGAAUCUUGUUGUUUUCUUUACUUUAUUUCUCAUGAAAGAGUUUCAUUGGCUAUAGUGCCUUUACUUCAUUGGGGUAAGCCACAGCAUGGAAUACUGCCAUAGAGUAGCCCAAGAUUUUCAUUGGGCCUUCAAAUAGGCGCAUCAAGGUCACGAGUCAGUGGCGACGUGUGCUGGAUUGGUUAAACUUUUUAUCAGAUUCGAGGGUUCCUAUCAGAGUGAAAGUACUUUUUAAAAACGUGAAAAUAAAAUAGGGAAGGAAUUGGUCAAUCUCAAUAGGAAAGUCUGAGGGUGUAGGCUGCCAACGAAUUGUCAAGAAUGAUGAUUGAAGUAACAGCCAGGAUAAAUAUGAUUAAGAAGGGGGCAUUUUUCAAUAUUUCUUCCUUAUCCUUUUUACAUUUUUAAUGAAAGUCGGUUUUCUCCCUUUUGAGUGGUUGAUGAUCUCAGAUGGAGAAUCUUGGUCUGUGGGUUGGGGGAAAUGCCCGGUGACGGCUGUAUUGGCUAUGACGGACGAAUGAUGGUGGAAGUAGAAAGGGUGAACCGCGAAAGGCCAAGUGUUGCUAAUAUUUUGUGAUGGUUACGUGUUUCUGGACAAUGGCCUUGGCACAGUUUUUUUGCUAUGAUUCCUGGGUUACUUGAGCUUAACCCAGUGAAAUGAUUAGUGAAUUGUGAGAUCAUUGUCAUCGUCCUCUUCUUGAAUUGUGAGAUCAUUUGAUCUCAGGCUUGUGUUUGUUCCACGAAUAUCUGAAUAUGCACGACACAGAUAUAGUAACGUACUGUAAAUUGCUUCUAGUUAAUGACUAGAAGCCUUGACCCUGUUUCUUUCUCAUUUUACUGUUUAAGGAAAAAAGCUUCGAGUUUUAUGAUGAGCUAAGAAAACAAUUAAUGUUGUGCUGAACCCAAGCAUGCUUUUCCUCGGUGAAAACAUGAAGAUCCUCAAUGGUCCAUGCUCUGCUGUUAUCUAUACAUAUCUCACUACCCGGUGGCGACAGCUAUCUAACAAUGACAUACUAUAAAGUGAUCAUGCAGAUAAGUUCAAGUUUGGCGUGGUUCGACAAUUCGUGGGCCAUGGUGUGGGACGUGUGUUUCAUGCCGAUCCAGUGAUCCUCCAUAAUAGUAUGUGUGGUGCUGGUUUUUUCACCAUGAGCUGCUUCAGAUUAUUUCCGAAGACUUUGAUCGUCUCUCCUAACACGAGCUUAUCUUGUCAAAAGUUUUGUUAUUUGGGUUGAUAAAUGGUUUUUUUUUUCUUUUUUUGCAGGAAAUAAUGAACGGGGACGGAUGGUAUUGGGGCAAACCUUCACAAUCGGUAAUCAUAUAAUAUUACCCCAUUUACCAAUCUUUUUAUGGAGGGAUUUAGGGACCCACAUAGCAUUUAGUGAGAAUUCAUGAGGAAAAUGCAUAAUGAUCCAAGAACUUCUACCAAGCUUACUUUACCUUUUUUUCACGUUAAUUAUUAUACGAAAUUAAGAUAAUGUUCUGAUAGAAUCCUCCCCGCAAUGGUGUUGCCUGCCAUGGUUUGAGCUCUGCAGAACCAAUGCUCACAAUGGGCAGUAUCAACUCCGUCAUAUGGGCCGAUAACUGGACGGCAGUCACGGAAGAUGGAAGCCUUUCGGCGCAGUUCGAGCACACCAUACUGAUCACCGAGAACGGCGCAGAGAUACUGACGCAGUGCUAA